GUUGCGCUGUCAUUCCCCUCCGAGUGCAUCUCUGAGAGAAACAAAGGCGAAAUGGCAACAUCAGCAAGGCUUAUUGUUUGACAAGUCAUGCUGAAAUCAUGCUGUUAUUUUUGCGACGGUGGAGGCACAGUUUAGGAAAAUAACUGCACAUCUGUAUCUCAAAUGUCGCUAUUUCUGGAAUGAUAUAAAUGAGGCGGUUUUGGACAACAAGUCUUUUUUUUGGGAAUGACGCGCCGGUGGAUGCUUUACCUCGAGAACUCAGAGCAGACUGGAGAAAGUUACGUUACAUAUGGGACAUAACGUUAAUAAAUUCAUGCAUUGUAUGACAACAAACUACAAAUUGUCACAAAACUACGAGGAGUGGAGAAUUCACAGUUUAAAAGCUAAAGUCUAAUGAAGGCUGUAACCUCAUCUCUAUGCUUAGAUCAGAGGAGAUCAGGAGGAUGGAUUUUGGCAGAAGAAGAAUGUCUCCACGCUUCUCCACGAGGUGUUUCCUAUGGAGGAUUCAGGAGCUCAGGACGUACCUGUUCACUUUUAUGGUGUUUUACCUGUUAGUGUGCACUGAAGGAUCCUAUUCUAAAACCUGUGAUAAAAACUGCAUAUUUGGAAGAUGUAUCAAUGGAACUUGCGUCUGUGAACGCGGAUGGGCUGGGGAUCAAUGUCAACACUGCCAAGGGAGAUUCAAGUUGACAGAGUCAUCAGGAUCACUCACUGAUGGACCAGUUAACUACAAAUACAAGACUAAAUGCACUUGGCUGAUUGAAGGAUACCCAAAUGCUGUGCUCAGGUUAAGGUUCAACCAUUUUGCUACAGAGUGCAGUUGGGAUCACAUGUAUGUCUUUGAUGGAGACUCAAUUUACGCACCUUUGGUAGCUGUGUUUAGGUAA